UCUUCCUUUCAGUCGAGAACCACCGGGCAAAAGCGACGAUAUACUUCUUCUUUCUCUGGUGAAACUCCCGCGAUUAUUCUUCUGGGAGAUACGAGGAAAGCGCCGACAUGCCUGGUCCUUCUGGGCUUGGGAUGUAUACAGGCAAGAGAAGUAAAGUACAGAGACACAGAGAAGGCCGCAUAACUGGGGGAAAUGCAUUGAUGGAGGUUGACAGAGUGGAUAUGAGAGCAAGUGAUAACUAUGGUGCUGCUAGAGAUUGGAGAGAAGCAGAUAGGGAAAUGUCAUCUGGAAAUUUCUCAAGAAGUGGGAGUGCAGGCUUGAAUGAUUCCAGUGGUAGUGUGUCAAGGAAGACAUGUUCUGUAGCUGCAGUUAGACCAUUGAACACUGCCGUGGGGGCCAAAGGGAGAGGAGGGGAAGGAGGGAGAGGAGGAGGGAGAGGGAAAAGAAGGGCUAGUGUGACAGCGUGUCCUGAGCCCAGUUUGGAGAGAGGUGGUUCAACUGCAGGAGACAGUGGUGGCAGUGCUGAUGGUGUUUCUACAGUUCAGAGUAUUUCAGAGGUGGCUGAUGUGUGGACAAAUAGGCCUCUUGUCAGAGUCGAGGCUCGGUUUGUUAGAGUGACUAGUAAGCUGACACCGGCAGCUGGUCGCUGGACUGUGGCUGUUGUCUUGGAAGAUUCAGUGGUGCUCAACUGAAUGUCCAACUCAGCAAUGAGGUUUUGGAGAAACUGAUUGGCUUUACUGCACAGGAGUUUGUGGAGCAUAUUCAGCCGAACAAGAGAGAUCCAGUAAUCAGGGCCAGAGGCAGCGAGGGGUUCAAGCAUUGCCAGUCUCACUUGGCUACGCUGAACUGCGUCAUGGAGAUCAGGAAACCACCAAUGUUUGGUGACCACCCUACAGUCGAGAGACUAUUAGAUACAGAGUAGCCUUUUUACCAUAAUCUAUUAUUGUACGUAUACAGUCAAAGGGUGAAAAUGUGGA